UUCCUCGCAGCUUCCCCAUAUUGUAUUGUUCUCUAUCUAACAAUAUAAUGGCAUUCAUAGCCAUACUCAUUUGUCUCUUGGUGGCCCUCAUCAUCAUCAUCUUCUUUUGCUUCUUCAUUUUUUGUGUGAAACCAUACUGCAAGUGCGAGAUCUGCAAGGCAUAUCUGACCUCGAGUUGGACCUCGGAGGCCGAAAACCUGGUGGAUUGGUACGCGGACCUGCUGAACAAGUCCCCCACCGGGACCGUCCACGUGCACGUCCUCGGCAGCGUCGUCACCGCCAACCCCGCCGCCGUCGAGCACAUUCUCAAGUUGAGAUUCGAGAACUACGGCAAGGGGGAGGCGUUCGCCGCCUUCGUCGGGGACUUGCUGGGCCGGGGCAUCUUCGUCGUGGACGGCCACGCGUGGGUGCUCCAGCGCAAGCUGGCGAGCCGCGAGCUCGGCAGCGUCUCCGUCCGGGGCUACGCCCUGGACGUCGUGGCGUGGGAGGUCCGGCACCGGCUGUUCCCGGCGCUGGAGAGGGCGGCGGAGGGGGGCGGGGUGGUGGACUUGCAGGACGUGCUGAGGAGGUUCUCGUUUGAUAAUAUAUGUAAGUUCUCGUUCGGGAUGGACCCGGGUUGCCUGAACUUGUCGUCGCCGGUGUCGGACUUCGCCCGCGCCUUCGACCUCGCGUCUACUCUGUCGGCUCAGCGGGCCAUCACUGCUUCCCCCAUCCUUUGGAAGGUAAAGAAGUUGCUGAACGUGGGUUCCGAGAAAAAGCUAAGGGAGGCCAUCAGAUUGGUGGACAAACUGGCCGUGGAACUGAUCCGACAGAAGAGGAAUGGUUGCGGCGGCGGAGACGGCGGCGACUCCGACCAACCCAAUAACAGUAACAAUAAUCUUCUGUCGAGGUUCAUGGAGAACAUCUCCGACGAGAAAUUGCUCCGCGACAUCGUAAUCAGCUUCCUUUUGGCGGGAAGGGAUGCCAUCGCUUCGGCACUGACCAGCUUCUUCUGGUUACUGUCGAAGUACGGCGAUGUCGCGGACAUGAUCCGGGCAGAGUCGGGCCGGGUGAUGGAGCCCGGCCAGGACCUGCCCAGUUACCCGCAAAUCCGCGACAUGCAUUACCUGGCGGCAGCGGUCCACGAGAGCAUGAGGCUCUUCCCGCCCGUGCAGUUCGACUCCAAGUUCUGCGCCCGCGACGACACGCUCCCCGACGGGACGUUCGUCGCGAAGGGGACUCGGGUGACGUACCACCCGUACGCGAUGGGCCGGAUGGAGUCGGUCUGGGGACCCGACUGCCGGGAGUUCAAGCCCGAGAGGUGGCUGGAAAACGGGGUCUUCAGGCCCGAGUGCCCGUUCAAGUACCCCGUUUUCCAGGCGGGCCCUCGGGUUUGUUUGGGAAAGGAAAUGGCGUUGGUGGAGAUAAAGAGUGUCGCGGUGGCGGUCGUCAGGGCUUUCGACGUGAAGGUUGUUACGUGUUUGGCAAGUAGUACAGAGCAAUUGGAGGGCGGGGAGCAGAUCGGCGAAGAUGAUGGUGAAGAUUAUGGUGGAGAUAGUGAUGGUGAUGUGAUAGUGGGGAAAGCGAUUGUAUUGCAGAUUGAAGGGGUCGGGGAGAGUACUGAGGAUCAGGAGGACGAAGGUGGCGAUGACCACAACUCCGAGGACCGCGUUGGCAAUGGACACAGUGGUGGGGUUCGAGAUGGCGAGGACCGCGAUCACGAGGACGAGGAGGGUAGAUAUCACGAGGGUCCCGGUCAUCGGGGUCAGUUCGUGUAUGUCAAUUCGGAUGACGAGGUUACAAUCACUAGCGCUGGUGCUGGUCUUAUCACACCGGCAUUCUACGAGAGGACGGACACAACUGGCAUGUCGUGGGGCAAAGUCUCAGCGACGACGAAGGAGUUCUACUAUCGAGAGUUCAAGAAAAAUGCUAGAGUGGAUCCAUCAAUCGAUGAGGGUAGGCUGAGGAAAGCUUUUCUCAAGAAAGCUGCUGAACGGUAUGCGAAUUUUACGUACAAUCAAAGGAACCCAAGUCGAUUGAAGAAGAAGAAGAUGGACCCGAGGCCAUUUGAGCAGUUGAAGAAGGUUUGGGAAGAGGAUCCGGAGUUUCUGGAGUUGAGUAAGACUAAGAAGAAGAACAGAAGGAAGGGAAAAGAGGAUGGUCCUGCUCUUGGGACGUAUUGUGGAGGUUCAGUUCCAUUUUCUGAAAAUAUGAAUCGAUUGGCUAAGAAGAAAGGGGGGUCUGUGUCGUUGGAUGAGGUUAUCAUCCACACAAAGACAAAGAAGCACGACGGCAAGACUUGGGUGGAUCCUGAACAUGCUGAGCUACAGCUUUUUGCGACGGAAUAUUUCCGUCGCAAUUGGCUUCUUUUCUCUCGCAAAGAAGAGUUGUGACGGCGUUUGCAACCACUUUCAUUCCGUCGUAGUUUUUUGGCCGCAAACCACCGUGCGACCAUUCCGUCGCAACUCUGCGACCAUAUUUACGACGGCCUUUAGCCGUCGUAGAUUUGCGACGGACUUUACAAGAGAUUCAAAAUGUUCUUGUAGACAUAUUUGCGACGGAGAAUUGCGACGGCUGGAAAUCAUCGCAGUGGAUUUGCGACGGCAUUUGCAACUCCCAAUAUAACACGUAAAACAUU